AUGGAAAGUUUGGAAGGAUACAAGUCAAUUAAUAAUUUAUUAAAAGAAUUAAAGCGUCCAUUUAAUGAAGAGGAGAUUGUUUAUAUAAUUCACAAAUUAGUAGAUGCUUUGGAAAACCUAAAAAAGUUCAGUAUUGUUAAUUAUAAUAUAACCUGUGAUAACAUCUUUUUAAACACAAAAAAUGGAGAUGUAAAGCUAGAUGCAGGUAGUUCAAAGUUUAUAAAUAGCCAGCAACAAUACACCUCAGAUACUCAAUUAUUAAACCAAAAUAUUAAAUCAAUUUUAGGUUAUUUAUUAGUAGAAAUAUCAGGAGGGCUUCAAAAUAAAUCAAAUAUACCAUAUGAAAUUCAAAACUUUAUUCAAUAUUGUUUUUUAUUUAGUUCCAGUGAAUUAAGUAGAAUAAACAUUUGUAAAGAGGUAAGCUUUAAAAUUUAA